ACUCUAUGUAGAAAUUGAGGAGAUGUCUUCAGAAGAGGCCAUGAGUGUAGUGGGGAGUGAGGUGAUGCCCCUGGAUUACGGGAGCAUGGACUCGAAGAGCAGUCCGUCUCCAACUAGUUCGGAGAGGACAGUGGAGUAUAUAAGGGGGCGAAGGGUAGUAGAGUUAGGUAGUGGGGAUAGUCUGAGGGGCCUCGUGAGUAACUGUAACCUUCCUCACCACGUCUUACUUAGGCCUGCCGGGGUGAAUGAGAGGGCAUGGUCAGCACCCCGAGACCAUUGGAUGCCCCUCUACGUCCAUUAUUUGAUGGCAGGGCUUAGAGUUCGGGAGGUGGGCGUCCCGACAGUAAACAUGUUUAAACAUUUUUUUAUAAUUAAGGCUGGGGGUAAGGGGGAGAAGGGGUGGUACUACUUCGGUCCUCGGUCGUCCAACAAAGAUAAUAGGAAUUUAUUCACUGCUGGACCGUCAUCCAUCAAAGGAUGGAAAGAAAAAUUCUUCUUUGUGGAUGACAUCGAAUGGAGCAGGAGGGAUGCCGAAGUGAAACAGUUGUCUGCUUGGAAAGCAAAGAAAACCAAGCAGAACAACUAUAAGUUGAACAAGGAUGAGGUGGAGGAGGUGGAGAAGCUGGUGAGGGAAGAUGGAGACGUAGUGGAUAUCUUGUACCUCACCAGUCCUAAGGCAAUAGAAGCUGUUGAGCUCUAUGGGCCAAGCUCAUUGAGCGAAGCUGAGAUGGACGAAUAUAUCAAUGCUGUUGGAGGGCUGCGCAUCCCCAAGAAGCCAAGGAAGAAGUCAAAGACUUCGACUGCGGCAGACAAAGGGGCGGUAGAGAAAGAGCGCCUGCCCAGCGCUUCUGUUCGAGUGCUGGAGAUACAGCAGAGACCAGAGCCUGCAAGGGGGAAUAGUGAGGAUGUGAGUGAGGAGGUGGCACCACUCCAGAGGAAGAAGAGGAAGGUGGCUGAACCAAAGGUGAGGGGGGAUGAGGUGGCUGAGUUCGUACCUCGCCCCUCUGCUCCUGAAAUCAACCCUGAGGUCAGGGAAAGGGAAGGGGCUGAGGUGCGAGGCCCUGGCAGGGGCAAGGAGCUCAUCCCUCCUCAUUUGUACGAGAAGAGCUUGUUUGAGGCGGCAAACACGACUGGGGCGAAGCACUUCCUCAACUGUAUUCUCCUUGAGGUGGAUAGGAGGCGGGCGAGGGAUGAGGCGGUGAGUCGGCUAGGAGCUACUGUGGUGAGGCAUGCCCUGGAGAGUGUAAGCUGGACAAACGCUCUAGCGCAGGAGUACGCGGAGAGUGUGAGAGAUCGUGCCAGCUUGCAGAGGCAGUGCGAGCAGCUGCAGAAGGAGAGGGAGGAGCUGCAAAUGGAGAAGGAGGAGUGGCAGAAAGAAAGGAAAGAGAUGCAGAGGAGGCUGGAUGAGGUUCUUCCUUCAAUUACCGGACUCCAGAACGACAAUGAUGUCCUGAGCAUGAAACUCGUUCUUGAAGAACACAAGAGGAAGAUCUGCGAAGACAAGCUCGAGGCUCAGGAUAAAUAUAUUGAGAACAUGAAGAAAGGAGCAGCGGAGCUGAAGAAGAAUGUGAACC